GCGCGGUUUGCAAAGGUAACGCUACCCUCCUGAAAUCUCUGUAAUGUAGAAGCCUGUGUUUACAUCAGGUCAUUGUCGUCUAUCGUGAAAAGAUGGACUAAGUUAAACUAUAACAUAAAGCGCAAAGUCAGAAUUAUUAUAGCAUCUCGGGACACCAUAGUACAUAGCUAUGUUUUCAUCAGUUUUCUGACUUAUUUGAGCAAUGUAUGGCUCAGUUUAUUCUGGUCGAAUAUGGUGAAUACUGAAAUCUUAAAGAAUGCGAGAUGAUACAAAAAAUCUCAUCGCUGGUGGAUUGUCUGGUUUUACAGUUCGAUUCUUAACCCAACCAUUAGAUGUUAUGAAAAUUCGUUUUCAGUUACAAGUUGAAGAUAUUAAGCCCACAGGAAAAUCUUAUUAUUCCGGUGUUAUACAAGCCUUCUCUCGGAUAUAUACAGAAGAGGGUAUACGUGGCCUAUGGAAAGGUCAUGUACCAGGACAAUUCCUUUCAGUUACAUUUUGUGGAGCACAGUUUGCAAGUUUUUAUGCAAUUGAAAAUUUUCUGAUUGAUCAAACUAAACCGAAACAGUCAUCAAUUUGGCUAAAUGAUCUUGUCGCUGGUUGUAUGACUGGGAUGAUUGCAUCGACGGUUUGUGAACCGUUGGAUGUGAUGCGUACACGUCUUAUUGCACAGGGGAAAAAUCAGAUUUAUUCUGGUUUCCUGUUGGGUAUGCGUGAUCUUAUCCGUGAAGAAGGCGUGAUCGGUUUAUGGAGAGGACUUGGUCCGUGUUUAAUAUCCGUUGUACCACAGACUACUAUUUAUUUUACAACUUAUGAACAAUUGAAACGUUCGUAUAUUGCAUGGAAUCCUGUAAUUCAAGAGUUACAUGAAAAACACAAUGAAAAAUCUCCACAGAAGAAAGCUAAUCAUCAACAACCAUCAUCUAGUAGUCUUCCAUGGCAUUUCUCUUUAUGGGCUGGCGGAUUCUCUGGCCUCUUGGCUAAAACUAUUGUCUACCCACUGGAUUUAGUUAAAAAGCGCCUGGAAAUACGUGGUUUCGAGAAAGCACGUACCGAUUUCGGUACAAUACCGAAAGGUUAUACUCCAGCCAGCUAUAAACAUAUCAAUCUAUUACAGAUGAAUAAAAGUCAGUAUUUUGCUACACUGGCCUGUCUAGCGGAUAUUCUUCGACAACAAGGUCUACGUGGUAUAUUUAAAGGUUGGAUACCGUCUGCAGUGAAAGCCACGCUGACUACAGGCUUGACAUUUUGGUUUUAUGAACAAUAUCGGUGGCUGUUGUUAAAUUAUCUCGCCUAGAACAUCUAGUCAGUGUGAACUUUAUUUUAUUUUGUAUUACUUUAGAUUAUUUAUUAAUAUUACUAUUAUUUUAUUUGUAGGCUAUUUAUUCAUAUUUAUUUAAUUAUAAUAUGUAUAAAAAUAUACAUACAUAUAUACAUAAAAAU